AUGUCAAGACGUAGAGGUGGUCCUAGACCAAAAACUGCACCAAGUAUCGGGAAAGCCAAAGAUACAACAGUAUUCUUAGAAGCGUUGAAACUUUAUGAAUCCAAAAAUUAUAAGAAGUCAAUUAAACUUUUGGAUGGAGUAUUGAAAAAAAGCCACAACCACGUUGAUUCUUUGGUAUUAAAAGGUCUAGAUCUGUUUUACCUGGGUGAAAAAGACGAAGCCAAAGUAUUUGUAAACAAUGCUUUGAGUAAGAUUAACGGUACCGAAGCAUCUGCCAUAUGCUGCCAUGUUAUUGGUAUUUACAUGAGAUCCACUAAGCAAUAUUCAGAAUCUAUCAAAUGGUUUCAAGCAAGUUUAGACAAUGGUUCGAAAAACUAUCAAAUUUAUAGAGAUCUAUCCACUUUACAAUCACAAGUUGGCGAUUUCAAGGCUGUUUUAGAAUCAAGAAAACGCUAUUGGGAAAAUUACAUGGGUUACCGUGCUAAUUGGACUUCCUAUGCUGUAGCUCAAGAUAUUAAUGGUGAAUAUCAUCAAGCUGUCAAUACUUUAUCUCAAUUUGAAAAAUUGGCAGCUGGCAAAUUAGGUCAAACUGAAAUGUAUGAAAAUAAUGAAUGUAUCAUUUAUAAAAAUGAUAUUAUGUACAGAUCUGCAGGUAGUGAUAAAAGUAGAUUAGCCAAUGUAUUAAAACAUCUGGUUGAAAAUGAAAAGGAUAUUUAUGAUAAAUUUGCUGUAUUAGAAAGAAAGGCAUCUAUUUAUAUGAAGAUGGGUAAUUUUAAAGAAGCAUCAAUUGUUUACAGAACUUUAAUUAAGAGAAAUCCUGACAAUUUCAAAUACUAUAACUUAUUAGAAGUUGCAUUAAAUAUUAAGAAUGAUAACAAAUUAAGGAAGGCUUUAUAUGAAAAAUUGGAAACAUUUUAUCCAAGAUGCGAACCUCCAAAAUUUAUUCCUUUAACUUUUAUUACAGAUGAAGUUGAAUUAACAAAAAAUCUUGAAAAAUAUGUUUUACCAUUAUUGAGGCGCGGUGUUCCAGCUACUUUCUCUAAUGUGAAACCUUUAUAUAGAUCAAGAUCAUUUAUUGCUAAAAUAUUAGAAAAAAUUGUUAUUGAAUAUUUGGAAACAAUUGAUCCAAAAGAAUCUCCGAUUUCAUAUAUUUGGACUUGUUAUUAUUUGACUCAUCAUUAUUUAUUCUUGAAAGACUUUAAUAAAGCCCAAGAAUUCAUUGAAAAAGCUCUGUCUCAUUCUCCUACUAUUGUGGAAUUUUACAUCUUGAAAGGUCGUAUCUUAAAGCAUUUAGGCCUAUUAGAUGAUGCUGCUGGAGUUUUAGAAGAAGGUAGGCAAUUAGAUUUACAAGAUAGAUUUAUUAAUACCAAGACUGUCAAGUAUUUCUUAAGGGCCAAUAACAUCGAUAAAGCUGUAGAAAUCGCUUCAUUAUUCACUAAGAAUGAUGAUUCACCAAAUGGUAUUAAAGAUUUGCAUCUGGUCGAAGUUUCUUGGUUUAUUGUGGAACAAGCAGAAGCAUAUUAUAGAUUAUUUAUUGAGAAGAGGGAAAAACUUCAUAUUGAAAAGGCUAAAUUAGUAGAACUAUUAGCUAAUGAAACUCCAAAUGAAGAAGAAAGUGAAAAUAUUGCCAAAUUAGAAAGCGAAUUGAGGGAAUUAGAAUGGACUGUUAAGAAAUACCAAGGGUUGUCGUUGAAAAGAUUUGCAGCUAUCUCCAAGAUCUAUGACCAGUUUGAUGAUGACCAAUUAGAUUUCCAUUCUUACUGUAUGAGAAAGGGUACCCCAAGAGCUUAUUUGGAGAUGAUUCAAUGGGGCAAUACCAUUUUCACUCAGCCAAUGUAUGUUCGUGCAAUGGUGGGUGCAUCUAAGAUUCAAUUUGGCUUACAUGAUAAAUUAAUCGAAGAUAAACAGCUUGUUGCAAAUGAAGAAGAAAAUAAAAAUUCAACUAAAAUGAAUAAAAGAGUCAAAAAGGAAAUAGCGGCUUUGAAUAAGCGUAAAGAAGAUGAGAAAAAAUUUGUUGCUGCAUACACAAGUGAGCAAGAUCAAGAUGUUUACGGUAAAAAAUUAAUUGAUUCCAAAGAACCUUUGACCGAAUUUGCUAAUCUUUUCUAUACUAAAUAUAAUAAGCAAGUCCAGGAUUAUGCAAAGAAUAAUAUUCUUGAAUUUGAAUACCAUUAUAGAGAAGGAAAACUGGCUUUGUGUUUGGGAGCUAUUAGUAAAUAUUCUAAACGUUUUGGCAAGUCAAUCGAUGUUGUGGGCUCAUUGUCCAUUAUUCUUGGCCAAGCUGCCAGGGAAAACUCUUCCUUUGAUUCCCUUGCCAAAAAAGUUGCCUUGAAGGGCCUUGAAACAGAAAUUUCCGAGUUUCCUAUCAAUGAAAUCAACAAUAAUGAAUUUGAUUGGAUGAAAUAUUUCCAAGAUAACUAUAAAAUCCAUAACUUAAUCUCAUUGGUUUUAUUAAAACACUAUCUAAGGGGCAAUGACUCAAAUAUAUCUGACUUAAUUCUGAACUAUAGUGCCAAGUUAGAACCACAACAACAAAACAUGGUCUUGCAAUACGAAUUAUAA